GUGGACAAAAGUUGUACGAACCACACCUUGCACCUGGGUUGUUCCAAGGAGUAUGAAGUCGCAGUUACUUCACUUAGUGCUGCAAAUGCAAACACUGACAGCAGUGAGAGCAGUUUUAGUGACAGCCGGAUAUGGAACUUCACAGUUAGGAGAGGUAAGGUUGGGUAUAAUUCAUAGUUAUUGAUUUCUCAGCCCAGGACAAGCUUCGCUGUAAUUUGGUACUAAUUUAUCUCAUGUUUACAUAAAAGGGGGAUGCAUGAUCCUUAAAAGGGCUGCAAAUUUUCUUUUACUUUUAAUGCAAGACGUGUCGGUCGCGUCGGUUAAUAGGAUGCUUAAGCAACGACGACGGCGACGGCGACGGCGACGGCGACGGCGACGGCGAACAUAAUUAUAAUGUGGGGGCGGUCUUGGACGGAAAACAAUAGAAAUGUGGUGAUAGCGACGGACAGGGAAAACAAUUCAAAUGUGGUGGUGGUGGUGGUGGUGGUGAGGGAAAGCAAUAGAAAUGAGGUGGUGGUCUUGGAGGGAAAACAAUAGAAAUGUGGUGGUGGUAUACAGCUUCACUAUUCAAGGUUGGUAUCAUUACAAAUAAAUUGUUUUGAAACGAAAGGAGGAUGUAGGGUCGAUGUGGUCGGGUCGAUGAGGGAUCGAUGUAGGGUCGAUGAAGGUGUAGGGUAGUCGAUGUAGGGUCGAUGAAGGGUAGGUCGGUGAAGGAUCGAUGUGUGCUCAAUGUGGGGUGGAUAUAGGCUCAAAAAUGAGCAAACAAGAGAGGAGGGGCAGUGAAUUUUUUUUUUUUUUUAAGAAAGAGCUAGUUUGUCGUCGUCCUCAUUACUAUACACGAUUUGCGCGCCAAGAACCUGUGAACCAGAAUUGGUACAAUUUGUUGGACAAUGAAAGCGGCAAGAGGUAGAACUUGUACUAACUCCUCGCAACAUGAAUCAACUAAUGAUCAAUACUUGUCUUACCAUCGAUAAGAAAUAUAACUAGCAAACCUAUCCAACAGGUUAGCACACGGCCUUAUCUUAAUGAAUGUCAAGACUCGGCUGUGGCCGACUUAGUAGUUAUCUUAAUGAGAUUCCCCCGUAUUUUAUUCAUAAGAUAAAGCAGCUCCUGGUUAAAGAAAAAAACACUAUGACGUCGUCUUGUAUUCCACUUCACUAUAAUGAGAUUGCACUUAAAAAAGAAACGGAUAAUAUGGUACUCCCUAUACAACUUUCACGUUUUCACUCCUGGGCCCUUUUUUAAAAGAGGAAAUCAUUAAUAUAAUAGAUUAAUAACGUAGAGGAAUUUCCGGACGCGAUCGAUAGCUUAAAGAGUACAGCGUUUUAAGACUAAAAGAAAGGUGGUAAUGGCAACGACCAAGCCGAAAUGCUGAGAGGUGGGGUAUCCGUUGACGACUGCUAAUCGAGAGAACAGUGAUGUAUAGGUCUCUAGGAUCCUUAAAGCAUUUUUAAAGUAGAGGUGGGCUUAACUUGUUCAAACAGUAGUUAUGAAAGUGGGCGAAUUCGCCUCAUAAGGACGACCCAAACAGAAGAGUGUGGUGUAGCGACUGGGUUCCCUUUUUCGAUAUUUGUCAUCUUUUCAGGUUAACGUGACCUGUUAUUGAGUCUUGCAUGUUACGGAUGGAGAGUGUUUACAGAUUAGCCCUGUAUUGUUUCCAAUUUCGAGAGGAGUGUUUGGUACGAUUCAACGGCUAUUCGCAGUUUAGAUCGUAGCUAUUCAGAGUGGCAAACCAAUUUAAAGAAAAUGUGAUGCACGUGCAGGUCGUCAGCAAAGUUUUUUUUUUGCUCAUUAAACCUAUUACUAUUUUGACCUUCCCGUUGCCUCCAUCGUCACUACUGGGAGCAACCCUGUGAAGCCUAUGUGAAGUUCAUGUGAAAACCAUGUGAAACUUUUAUGGAUGUGAAACAUCCUAUGAAACACCCUGUGAAAUGAAAAGUCCUUCUUGCACAAAAUUAUGAGGUUGAUUCUACCCUGUGAAAAAAUGUGUAAAAUUGUAAAAUACCGAAAAAUUCCGAAAAUAAGCCCCUCCAUGUAUAAGCCCCUCCAAAUAUAAGCCCCCCAAUAUGGUAACGCAAAAAAACCCUCCGUUAAAUCGCCCCUCCGAAUAUAAGCCCCCCCCGGGGGGCUUGUACUUGGAAUUUGCCCUCGAAUACAAAGUAAAACAAAGCAAAAAUGGUAAAUUUCCUUUCCACUACAAGCUAGCCCAAUCGGUUUUGAAACGCAAAUUUCCCUCCGUACAUACGCCCCUCCGAAUACAAGUCCCUCCAAAAACAAGCCCCUCAAAAAGGGCCUUUGAAAAAUAUAAGCCCCGGGGCUUAUUUCCGGAAUUUUACGGUACUUUUUCGAACUGAAAAAGCCGUGUGAAACAACAGUUGAAAUAUCCCUUGAUUGUAAGAAACAUCCUGCGAAAUCAAAAUCACUAUUUUAAAAUAUGAAAGCUACCUUGUGAAAAAAUUGUGAAAUGCUAAGUUUCUGAGAAAUAUGAAUGGGUUUCUUG